AGCUACAUAGCUUCCACAGCUAGCUCUCUCUCUAUUCCCAAGAUCACCAACCACAUCAAGAGAAGCCCGAAAGAUGAAUCCUCCAAACACCAAUCUUCGCGCCUUCAACCUCGCCGUAUCAACCCUUCUCAGUAAUCCCGCCAACUUCCUCCCUCACCUUACUGUCCCAACAUUUACCCACCUCCCCGAACAAAUCGGCCCCGCCAUCUCCGAAGCCUUAGCAACGCCCACAAGCACCACAAGCACCACAAGCACCCUUGAAAAAUCCCCGCAGAUUCGCGCCCUGGUUCUUGAUAAAGACAACACCCUCUGUCCCGCCCGGACUACGACCUUUCCGCCGGAAAUCGUUGCCAAGCUCACCGCGCUGCGCACAUCCUCGACAUCCCCCUUCAACCUGACCGCAUCCCCAAACUCGGUCCUGAUUGUCUCGAACCGCGCCGGGAGCCACCCACGCUAUGAUGACGAAGUCCACCACCUCGAGACACAGCUGGGGGACCUCAAAAUUCCCGUGUAUCGGUUGCCGCCGGGGACGGCUAAGAAACCAUUCUGCGGGGCGCAGGUGUUAGCGUGGUUCCAGGAACGUGGGGUAGUGGCGCGCGCCGACGAGAUCGCGGUUGUAGGCGAUCGUUUGGGGACGGAUGUCUUGAUGGCACGGGAGAUGGGUGCCUGGAGUAUCUGGUGUCGGGAUGGGAUCGAUCCCAGUGGAAAGCGCGGGGAUGCCAACGUACUGGAGCGCAUGGAGAUGUGGGUAGAACGAUAUCUGCGGGUAAAUCGAGGGUUAAAGAGCCCCGUUCCGAAGGGCUUUGCUCAAUGA